AUGAAGCUCCUCAUCCUCAGCUGCCUUGUGGCUCUCGCUGUUGCCAGGCCUAUGGUAGAGAAGAUCUCCGAAAGUGAGGAACUGGUCGCUGCUGUCCCUGAGCAACACAUCAGAAGGAGAGAGGACAUUCCAGUGAAGAGUGAGCAUCAUGCAGAAAUCAACCGUUUUCUUCCUCUUGAAGCGGAAAUGAUGAACCUUUAUGUGCCCUUUUACUGGCCUGAAGAAAUGCGCGACCUCAAGAUGACCAGCCUUCCCAAAGACAAGAGAAUGACCUUCCGCAAACCUAUCGCCCAGGAAGAAGAGCUCCUUCGUUUCCAGCAGAAACCUCUGGCUCUUCCCAAGCAAAAAGUCCUGGCUCCCCUUCAGCCCGAGAUCCCGUCUUUCUACGCCGCCAGGAUGGCGCCUGCCGCUCACAAACUCUUUACCAUCCCCAAGCAGGAGGUGCUGCCCAUCGCUAAGAGAGAGAUGCUGCCCGCUCCUGAGCUCGCCAUCCCCGCCAUCCCCGCCAUCCCCGCCAUCCCCGCCAUCCCCGCCGUGCACGAGAGAGUGAUUCCAGCUGUGGACAAGAGAGAGAUUCUGCCUCUUCUGGACAGAGACAUGCCGGCUCUUCCCGAGAAAGAGAUCCAGCCUCUUGCCCGCCAGUUGGUGCAGCCCUUUCUCCAGAGGGAGAGCGUGCUUCCGCAUGCCAGGGAGAUCGCGCCUGUCGCCGUGAGGGAGCGUCUGCCUCUCGUCCCACAGGAGGUCGUGCCCGAAGUCAUGCCUCUCGACGUCUAUGUGCUCCGUCAUCCCGAGGUCAGCUUUUACGACCCCACCGAGAGAAAUGCCAGUGAGCCAGUCCAGGGCCCCGAGCAGCCUAAGGGACCCCCGGGGGCGUCAUCACCAUCAUCACGGCCCGCAUUCAUAGCCUGCUUUCAGGGUGGCUGA